AAUCGUGAAUGUUGAAACACCUUCUUCAAUGCUUAUCUCCCAAACCCACCAUCACAAUGCUCUUAAAACCCACCUUCAAUCUCUCUCCUUACAUUCUCAAAACCCUAAUCACCACCACCAAAUUCCGGUCACUAAAGCCCUUAAACCACCGCAUCAUAACCCAGUUCCCCUUUUCCACCGCCACCGAUGACGGCGGCUCAAUUCUGACGACGACCCAUUAUUCUUCAGUCACUAACCAACAAUACCCACAUCUUCAAAUGAGUGGAAAAGCUGAAAAAAGAGCUCGCCGUGAAUCCCCAUCUGGUAAGUUACUUUAUUUACUUGGCCGUUGUUCUAAAGAUAAUGAUACGAAUGAAGCGUUGCGAUUAUACGAAGACGCUUUAAACGAUAACGUACCGCUUAAUGUAGAGCAUUAUAAUAAGCUAUUGUAUUUGUGUUCUGCUAGUGAUAGUGAAUUAUGUUUAAAAAGAGGGUUUGAGAUAUAUAAUGAUAUGGAUAAUAGUAAUGUAGUACCCAAUGAAGCUACUUUUACUACUAUGGCUAGGUUAGCGGCGAAUAAGGAAGACCCGGAAAUGGCUUUUGAUUUGGUUAAGAGAAUGAAAGAAAGAUGUGGGAUUUCGCCUAGAUUGAGGUCUUAUGUCCCUGCUUUGUCGGGUUUUUGUAAAAAAGGGUUGGCUGAUAAGGCGUAUGAGGUUGAUUGUUAUAUGGUUGAGAAUGGGGUGGUUGCGGAAGAGGCUGAGCUUGGGAUGCUUUUACGGGUUAGUGUUGAAGGGAAACGGGUGGAUAAGGUUUAUGAAAUGUUGCAUAGGUUGAGGAGUAGUGUGAGGCAGGUGAGUGAGGAUACUGCUGCGUUGAUUGAGGAUUGGUUUAGAUGUGAUAUUGCGGAAAGUGUUGGGGCGGUGAAGUGGGAUGUGGGGAAGGUUAAGGAAGCGGUGGUGAAAGGUGGAGGUGGGUGGCAUGGAGUAGGGUGGCUUGGGAAUGGGAAAUGGCAAGUGACGAGGACGGAAAUGGAUGAGUCAGGUGUUUGUAAAACAUGUGGUGAAAAGCUUGUUAGUGUUGAUAUUGAUCCUUUGGAAACCGAUAAUUUUGCUAGUUCUUUGAGUACUUUGGCUUGCCAAAGAGAGACACGGGCGGAUUUCUUGCAGUUUCAGGAAUGGCUUCAAAAGUUUGGUCCUUUUGAUGCGGUUGUGGAUGGUGCAAAUUUGGCUCAUAUCAAGUCAUGUCAAUUUGAUUUCAAUCAGCUUAAAAAUGCAGUGAAUUUAACCCGUCGACUGAGUCCAUCAAAAAGGUUACCUCUUGUCAUUCUACAUAGCGGACGUGUGAAAAGUCUGAAGAAUAAACCGACAUUGCAGCAGUGGAGAGAGUCUGGGGCACUUUAUGUUACUCCACAAGGAUCAAAUGAUGAUUGGUAUUGGUUAUAUGCUGCUAUAAGUAGCAAAUGCUUGUUGGUGACGAACGAUGAGAUGAGAGAUCAUUUGUUCGCAUUGUUGGGCACAAGCUUCUUCCCAAGAUGGAAAGAAAAACAUCAGGUUCGAUUGUCGGUUACUAGAGAAGGACUUAAAUUUCACAUGCCUCCACCAUACUCAAAUGUCAUUCAGGAGUCGGAACAUGGCAGCUGGCAUAUACCAACUGUGACCGGGGAUGACUUUGAGACACGUAGGCAGUGGGUUUGUGCCAACCGGAUCAAGCAUUAGUUUUGAUGGACCAGUUGAUUCUGUGGUUGCACAAGCUGGAUCCGGCUUGUGUCCUCCUAUCACAUGUAUCAAGCCUGCCCUUCAAUUUACUGGGAAGGAAGAAUGCAUGGAGAAGAGAGAGGGAGAUGAAUCUGAUGUUAAAAUUUUGAAUUAUGAUUGUAACAUUUAGGCAUAACAUAUUCAUUUGAGACUAAUAUUCAUAUGUUUGUAAACUAAUAUUUUUUUAUACACAUUGAGACUAGUAAUAUAUGAUUAAAUUGAGAAUCAA